AAUCAUGCUAGUAGCAGCGGAAGUAGGUGCCGCAGGCUGCGGGCUAUCACUUUGACUUUGAUUCACCGAGGACGGUUUUAUAAACCCGGGACAACAUGACAGGAGAGACUACAAGAAUGUUAAGAUUAUGCAAUCAUCACCUGGCUCUUCUACGAAGAGCUGCACAUCAUGGCUUGCUGCUCCGAACAGCCAGACCCUUCCACUCCACCAGGGAGAGGAAGCGUAGAGGGCAGCUAUGGAAGACGCUUGUUGGCAUUUCUGUCGCUGUGCCUGUGGCGGCGGGCGUUCAGUAUGCCGUGUCAGACCGUCGACAGAGGAGGAAGAUGAGAAUUGUUGUAGAAGGAAUUGGUCGCUUUUGCAGGUCUCUGUCUGUGGGCGUGUUCAUCUCGUUGGAUUACUGGUGGACCACCAAAGUGGCUCUGCGUGGAAAAGAUGAGGUAAGUCAGAGUCUGAGCUCAAACUGA